AUGAGGCUUACUUUUUACUUGGUAGUUACUUUCGGAUUUAUGAGCACACAGAGUGUUUCUAUAAGAUACAUCUUGAGCUCCCUUAAAGAUGAACUUCAUUAUGAAACAAUUCUCCUAGUACAAGGCUCGGCUCAAAGUGAUUUGUGUUGGGAACAAAAAAACAUUCAAACAGAUGUGCCCACUUUGAACUUCAACGCCAAUCAAAGUUUGUAUCUGAAAGAUACAUUCAAUACAAACAUUCUGGCACUAGUCUGCGUAGACAAAAAUGAUAAAAGUACCAUGCUGGCUCUGUAUCAAAAUCUGGAAGAUAUUCGCGAUACCCCCACCAUACUUUUCGUCCUUUCGGAUUACGAAAUCCGAGACCUGCUCCUGGAGUGCUCAAGACGAAGUAUGCUUAAUGUGGUGGCCUUUAAAGGGUCGGACAUGGAGUCUAUCUACAGCUUUCAGGCAUUCCCCAGAUUUCAGUUAGUUAAAAGAAAGGUUAGAAAAGUGUUCAGAUACUUUGAACCACAACUGAAGGAUCUGGGCGGCUACACCCUCAGGGCACUACCCGACAACAUAAUACCGCGAACUGUGGUCUACAGGAAUCCCAAUGGAAACCGCCAGUUGGCUGGGUAUCUAUAUCCCUUCAUAAGGAAUUAUGUGAGCACCAUCAAUGCAACUCUCAAAAUCUGCUGGGAACUUGCCCCGGAGGAUGGCAUGAUCCAGUUGUCGGAAGUUAUCAGGCUGUCGGAGAUCAAUUUCGUCGACUUCCCUCUGGGCAUUCACGGGAUUGAGCAUGGAUCGACGAAGCAGAACGUCAUGAUGGAGACCUCCAGCUGGUUUUUGAUGCUACCCAUGGAGCCCUGCCUUCCCCGUGCCCAAUUCUUCAUUAAACUGAGUUUGGAAAGGUUAAUACCACUGAUGUUACUACUUGCUAUAGUGCUAAGUAAUGCCCAUCGCUUAGAGGUGGGCUUAAGACCCAGCUGGCGUUGCUCCUCCUUGGUAGAUGAAGUUCUGCGAGGAACUCUGGCACUGCCAUUCCUCCUACCCAGAAAACUCUCUCUCAAAUUGAUGUUCCUCUAUUGGUUGGUCCUGCUUGAUGGGUUCUUUGUCAGCAACUACUUUACGGCCAAUCUCGAGACCUGGCUCGUCCAUCCACCGGCGGGUCAUCUAAUCCUUAGCUGGGAACAAAUGCGCAGCUUGAAUUUAAAGAUCUUAAUAGUCCCCUCCGAAUUGAAUUCCAUGAGAGCAGCCUUGAGCAAGGAGUUUACAGAUAGCCAUAGCGAUAUCUUCAAACUAUCCAGCUCAGAAGAUUUCCAAGAAAAGCGAUUAUCUAUGGACCAAUCCUAUGCUUAUCCCGUAACCUGGACCUUGUGGCCACUCCUACAACAGGCACAAGCCAGACUUCUGAAACCAGUAUUCCGUCGGUCCCGAGAAAUAGUGUUCAUACCUCUCUUAAUCAUGGCAAUGCCCUUGCCAAAGAACUCUGUAUUCCACAAGUCCCUAAAUCGAUACAGAGCACUCACUAAACAGAGUGGAUUGUACGAGUUUUGGUUCAGGCGAAGCUUCAACGAUUUAAUCGCCCUCCGGAAAAUCAACUACAAAGUGGAUGCAGACCAUCAGGCUUACCGUGACUUCGAGUGGAAGGAUUUCAGAUUUGUUUGGGUAGUCUUCAUGGGAGGAACUGUCAUAAGUUCCUUUGUGUUCCUCGGCGAGAUGGGAUACCACAGGUGGCACUUACAGAAUUCUUAA